AUGUCCCAUGAAGAAAUCAAAGAUGCUGAUAUGUUAAUACAAGCACAUCUCAAAAUAGAAUAUCUCGAUUUCGCCAGUGUUAUGGCUUUUCAAAAUGAUUCUCUUAUUGUAACUAUUAUCAGAUCUUCUCCAAAUUUAAAAUGUUUUAAUAUUUCUGGUAAUGAUAUUGGAGAUAAGGUUGUUGAAGCAAGUGAGGACCCACCUCCACUUAUCUUAACCUUUACUGAUAUAUUGGAUGAAAACAGAUUUAUUUCUGAGUUUAUUAACCAUAUCAUAUUAAAUUCAGACACAGAGUUUCCUGCUUUGCAGACUCGAUUAGAAUGA